GGCGGCCGGGUUGCCGUCCUUCCCCGCGGACGUUUGUUUACUUUCUUCCUAGGAUCGCACCCCGUUGUUGACCGACUCUGUUCUUUCCCCUCCCCUCUGCAGUUCUAGCGACGGAGAAGAGAACUCGUGGAGCUGGAGCCCCACAGAUCACCGGUGAAAAUGAAGGCGGCCGACGAGCCUGCCUACCUGACUGUAGGCACGGACGUCAGUGCCAAGUACCGGGGCGCCUUCUGCGAGGCGAAGAUCAAGACGGUGAAAAGGCUGGUGAAAGUCAAGGUGCUUCUGAAACAGGAUAAUACAACACAGUUGGUGCAAGAUGACCAAGUCAAGGGUCCUUUAAGAGUUGGAGCAGUUGUUGAAACUAGGGCGCCUGAUGGAUCUUUUCAGGAAGCGGUUAUCAGCAAGUUGACAGAUGCUAGCUGGUAUACUGUGGUGUUUGAUGAUGGUGAUGAGCGAACCCUGAGAAGAACCUCUCUCUGCCUGAAGGGGGAGAGGCAUUUUGCAGAGAGUGAGACACUUGAUCAGCUUCCGUUAACAAAUCCAGAGCAUUUCGGAACUCCAGUAAUUGCAAAGAAGACAAACCGGGGAAGGAGGUCCUCACUUCCUGUUAACGAGGACGAGAAGGAGGAAGAAAGCAGUGAAGAGGAGGAGGAGGAUAAGCAGCGUCUCCACGAUGAGCUGUUAGGAAAGGUCGUGAGAGUGGUUUCUACGCCUGAGAGGACUGAGUGGUUCCCUGCUUUGGUAGUCUCUCCCAGCUGUAAUGAUGACGUCCCAGUGAAAAAGGAUCAGUGUUUAGUUCGAUCAUUUAUUGAUUCUAAAUUUUAUGCUAUAGCGCGAAAGGAUAUUAAAGAAGUAGACGUUCUCAAUCUGCCGGAAUCUGAGCUCUCCACUAAACCAGGGCUGCAGAAAGCAAGUAUCUUCUUAAAAGCUAGAGUUGUUCCUGACAAUUGGAAAAUGGAUCUAAGUGAAAUCCUGGAGUCAUCCAGUAGUGAUGAUGAAGUCCCAGCUGAAGAAAAUGAUGAAGAAAAGGAAAAGGAAACCAAAAAGGAAGAAGAGGAGGUGCCUGAGGAAGAACUUGAUCCUGAAGAGAGGGACAACUUCCUCCAACAGCUUUACAAGUUUAUGGAAGACAGAGGUACUCCAAUCAACAAACCACCUGUUUUGGGCUAUAAAGAUCUGAAUCUCUUCAAACUUUUCAGACUGGUUUACCAUCAGGGUGGAUGUGACAAUAUCGAUAGUGGUGCUGUAUGGAAGCAAAUUUAUAUGGACCUUGGCAUUCCGAUUUUGAAUUCAGCUGCUUCCUACAAUGUAAAAACUGCUUAUAGAAAGUAUCUCUAUGGUUUUGAAGAGUACUGCCGUUCUGCAAAUAUUCGAUUUAGAACCAUUCACCACCAUGAACCAAAAGUAAAAGUGGAAAAAAAAGACUUAGACGAAUCCAUGGAAGAGGCUGUAAAAGUAGAUCAAGAAAUGCCUUUAGUGGAAGUGAAGAGUGAACUGGAGGAGAAUACUGAUUCAAACAGUGAGAGUGAAAGAGAAGAGCUUGAAUUAAAGUCUCCGAGGGGACAAAGGAGAAUUGCUCGAGAUGCAAAUUCAAUUAAAAAGGAAACUGAAGAAGAGAAAACAGAAGACAAAUUCAAAGAUAAUGAUUCGGAACAUAAGGAUGUAGAAGAUGACUAUGACACCGCAGAGAAAGACGAAGACGGGCUAGUACUGGGGAGAAAAAGUACACCAAAGCCUAAAGAGAAGAAAGUCAGGAAGCAAGAGGGCUCCGACCGAGACUCAGAGGGAGAGGGUGCAGAAGCGAAGAGCCGAGAGAGGGAAGAAACCGAGAGCAGAUGUGACUCUGAAGGGGAAGACGAGGACGACGCGGAACCCUGUCUCACAGGAACCAAAGUGAAAGUGAAGUAUGGACGAGGGAAAACUCAGAAAAUCUACGAAGCCAGCAUUAAGAGCACUGAGAUCGAUGAUGGAGAAGUUUUAUACUUGGUACAUUAUUAUGGGUGGAAUGUCAGGUAUGAUGAGUGGGUGAAGGCUGACAGGAUUAUCUGGCCUUUGGACAAAGGUGGACCAAAGAAAAAACAGAAGAAGAAAGCUAAGAAUAAAGAAGAUAGUGAGAAGGACGAGAAGAGAGAGGAAGAGAGGCAGAGGACGAAGCGGGGGCGGCCCCCCCUGCGAUCCAGCCUGCCCUCGGGCCCUCCCUUUGGCCUGCCCACAGCGGCCCACGGUGACGGGAAAUCAGACUCUUGCUCUUCUGAUAGUGAAACAGAAGACCCUCUAGAAAAGAGUUUGCUCAAUGAAGAACUUUUUCCUGAUAGUAAAGAAGAAUUAGAAAAAGAUGAAAAUUUAAAUGAUGACAAACUAGAUGAAGAAAACCCAAAGCUAGCUGGAUAUGUGCUAAAAGAAAACGAUAGAACCGCAGCCCAGCCUUUAGAAACCCUGCAGCUGGAGGGUGGAGAGAACGAACAGAUGGUGCAGCUCUUUGGAAACCAAGGGGAGGAAGUUAAGAAGGAGGCAGAAAAAUCUCCAAAAGGCAAGGGAAGGCGCAGCAAGACAAAGGAUAUCUCCUUAGAAAUGAUCAAGAUGUCGUCCUUCGAGCCUCCCGUGGACGCGCAGAGCCCCGAGUCGUCUUCCUUAGACGGUAGCAGCGGCGCCGCCGGCGAGGAGGCCGACCCGUGCGGGAAGGAAAGGAAGUUGAAACGGAAGGUGCUGGGACAGCCGUCCCCCGAGAAGAGGUCCAGGAUGGAGAACGGCGUGGGCUGUGCGGCCUCGGGGCCGGAGCACGAAGGGAUGCCGUCCCUCAUGCCGUCCCUCACGGCCGAGGCCAGCCAGGGCGGCACGGCCGAGGAGUCCCCCGAGGGGCCCGCGGCCGGCAGCUUGGAGGCCGGCGCAGGCCCCGCUGCCUGCAGUUUCCUCGCACAGGAGAGAGAGAGCAGAGAGAAGGGUCAGAAAAGGCCAAGUGAUGGAAAUGGUGGAUUAAUGGCAAAAAAACAAAAGCGUACCCCAAAACGGACAAGUGCUGCAGCCAAAAAUGAAAAGAAUGGAGCAGGACAGAGCAGUGAUAGUGAAGAUCUUCCUGCCGUAAACAACUCAAGUAAAUGUACUCCGGUAAAGCAUCUCAGUGUAUCUAAGCCACCAAAGCUUGCGCGGUCUCCUGCCAGAAUCUCCCCUCACAUCAAAGACGGAGAGAAAGAGAAGCAGAGAGAAAAGCACCCCACUCCCUCCCCCAGGACGUACAAGUGGAGCCUGCAACUCCAUGAAUUAGAUAACAUGAACAGCACAGAGAGAAUCUCUUUUCUCCAAGAAAAACUACAGGAAAUCAGAAAAUACUACAUGUCUCUGAAGUCUGAAGUUGCAACCAUAGACAGGCGCAGAAAAAGAUUAAAACAGAAAGACAGGGAAGUGUCUCACGUGGGAGCCUCCAUGUCGUCAGCGUCGUCAGACACUGGAAUGAGUCCCUCGUCGUCAUCCCCCCCACAAAAUGUCCUUGCUGUAGAAUGCAGGUGAUGAACGUUUCCUCUGCCUUCCCGCGAUGUGCUGCCAUGGGUGUAACUUCCCAAAUCCCAGGACAACCACAGAAAGCACUCAUCUGGUUUGACAUUGCUACGAAGAUCCUCUAUGCUUCCCCAGGCUGGACUGUAUCUAUUCCCUUCUCCCUUCUUUUUUCUUGUUGCAAAAAAUAAGCCGAUAAAUAACUGAAGGUCAGGCAGCCUGCCAUAUUUGUCAGAAGUUCCCCUCUUCGUGUUUUGUUUUUCUUUUCUUUUCUUUUCUUUUUUUUUCUUUCUUUUUUUUUUUUUUUUU